AUUAAGAAAGAUCUGAGAUUAACGGUUUGAUGCAUAUAGCAAGAUACCUAUGUUGUGUCCAACCAAGUUUUCUCCAUAAUAAGUCCACUCUCUCUAUUCUUUAUUUUCUGAGCCACUUCUCAGUCACUCAUAACUCUCCCCAAUCCAAUGGCUUAUUCAGUAACAAAAGGCUCAUCCUCUUCUGGUUUCAGCUUCACAGAACACUGGCUUUUGAUGAUAGCCAUUACCCUCAUUUGUGGAAUUCUUGGUUACUUAAUCUAUGAUGCAAUAAUGGCUACUGCUUCAGAGUUGCUGCAACGUUUGUUGGUAAUUUCUCCACUGCUUUUAAUCAUCAUUGUUCAUUGGCUCUCCACUGGUAGCCAGUUGAACUUUCCUAUGCCAGGAUCUGAACCAAGUGCUAUCCAUAGAGCUGGUGGUUCUCCUUGGGGUGUUGCCUUUGUCCUUCUGUUGCUUUUCUUUCUUAUUUCCUACCAACCUUCCUUGCAUGACCUUAUUUCUUAGCAUAUCUAGUCUUAUAAUAGUCAUAGUUUUGGCAGAAUCGUGAUUUGUUACCGUGAUUUUGACAGAAUCUCAAAUGUAUAACGAUUUCACUUUGAUUUUUCCAAAGCAUGUGUGAAUCUAGGCAUGAGAAAAUGAAGUGCAUGUAUGAGAUGUAGGCGUUUACAUUUUGAAGUUAUAUUAUUAGCUUCUUGAAGCUGUUUCUAACAAACUUGAAAUGGUAUCCAUGUGUUUCAUGUAGUAUGAAAUGAGAUCAUAACUAGCUAGCUAGAUUGUAAUAUGAACUUGUAAUGUAUCUGAUUUUCUAAGGAAAUUAAAUAGAAAUGGUACUGUGAAUCGACAACAUGAGUUGAUACACUUUUAUAGUCUUAUUUGCUCCAAAGAUUACAAUUUUCAACACCUCAAUUUUAUAGUCUAUAUUUAGCACAGGCACAACAUUCCAGGGUAGUUGGUUCAUGCAUAUUCAGUGCUGGCAUGUUUUUUCUCUCUUAUUGGUAACAUCGAUUGAAUAUUUAG